GGAUUUACCCCAAUCUACUUCCAAUCUACCUUAAAGACCUUUGACAUGAAAAGUUGGGAGAAUUUUCAGGAGUAGAAUAAAUCCCAUCUAUCUCUCAGUCAGGAAAAAAUAUAUUUCACAAUACUCUCAAACUGUUCCCUUGAAUCAUUGUAUCUUUUAAGUCCAUAAGUCUGUAAAGAUGUUUGUUUAUUUCACACAGGCUUAACAUUUGUUGCCCAGGAACUCAAGUACCUGAUAACAUGACUCUAUAAAGUGUUUUUCCACAGUAACUGCCAACCAAUGGUAGUUUCUCACUAAAGUCAAAACAGUUUAGAGUCCUUGCCCAUCUAAAUGUAUGCCAGACUUUACAAACACAGUACAAAAUCUUGCAGUCUCUUGAUGUCAUCCCCACUUCCAUCCUGCAACUGCUCUCCUUUCUCUCAACACUCUUCUCUUAUUUAUUUUUUAUUUUAUUUUAUUUUUCUUAUCUCUGCAUCGAAAAAUGGCCACAGCUAGUAAAGCGAGUAUGAUUUAACAUGUAGCCACUCAUAUUUAUGUGGUGUUUUUUAAUUUUAUUUUAUUUUAGUUUAGUUUUUGCCAUGUGUGGAUGAAAAUUGCCUGUGAAAAUUGCCUAUGACAUGCCUCUAUGUUUAUGCACACAUUUAAAAUUAACAGAACAAAACAUUAAAAAUAUAAUUUGCAUGAAUAUUAUUGAUAUGACACUUCUGUGCUCCUGAAUUGUACGCUGUUCACAUUUCUGCAUAUAAGGCUAAUCAUUGGCUGGAUGUUGCAUGAGUGUAAAACAAACUCAAUACAUAAAAUGAGCAUUUCAUUGCCUUUCUGUGUUGUAUUGUGCUAUCUGGUUAUAGAUAUGGAGGUACAUUAAGUAUUUCACCUAAACAAAAUCUUCAAUCUUGAAAUAUAGCACAAAGGAUUGCAACAUUAUAGCCUGCUUAUUGCUUAUGUAGCAUCUUGCUUUUACAAUAAAUCUGAAAAGCUGACAGCAACCCUCAACAAAGGGUUGAGGCACUGUAGCUUAUUUUUUUUAUUUUUUCUGAAAACUCUUCCUAAUAUGGUUUAACAUUUCCCAGUAGUAUUUGUCAUACCUCAUGCUGGGUAAUCAAUGUGGUGUCACUGCGCUGUAGGUCAUCAAGUGCAUGGCAGCAGUGGCCUGGGAAUCCAACAAGCCUUUGGUGAUUGAGGAGUUUGAUUCAGCAGAGGUAGCAAAGGCAUUGGAGAGUGAUAGAGUGUCAGUGAUGCUGGGCUAUUAUUAAAAUAAUUUUAAAAAACUUUUGCAGCUGAUCAUUACUACAGUGUUUGUUUUGGCUCUUUUUGGCUCCCUGGGAAGCUGACGGACGAAGCAUUCAACAGUGGCCACGGGGCUCCAUCGAUAGCUUUCAGGCUUCAGGAUGCUUUGCUUGCACCUCUUAUCCAAGCCUGGCAUUGUAACCCACAUCUGCUGUCAGGUACCAAAUUUUGAUCCAUCAGAUUUAACAUGAAUCAGUGUUCAGUAGUGUUGAUCUAAUUCAGUCAGUACCCUUAAAAGUUUGGUACCCAACCCUAAACACUAAGUUAGUUGGCAGUUUGGCUAAGGAGCUUAUGUUGCAGUAAUUGGCAAAAUGGUUACAAUGGUAGGUUAAAAAAGCAGUCCCAAAGUGCCAAUGUUAUACAGGUGAAAUUUGUAAUAACAAUUAUGUAAUGUUUAACUGCGUGCCUAACCUUACAUCCAAAUUAUGAUGGCUAGUGUUUGCUAAAUCAAAACAAUGCAACCUUAUCAGGCUUGUUAACAGUCCCAAACAUGACAUUUUGUAAUAUUAGCCAAAUGUUAUCAGACCUCGACUGCAAGAGAUUAUUACCUUAAGGCGUGCAAGCUCAGGUGCCUGUGCCAGGCAUAGAAGCCAACCCUAACCUUUUUUUUUUUCUUUUUUUAAAGGUGUGGUUUUUAUUUAAUUCCUAGUGACUUGGUCCUCCCUGACACAAACAACCCCCCCUCACCCCCCCAACUAUUUGAUGCAAUAUAAAGCCAUAAAUACGGUCUCUUGUUGUCUCUUCUCCACCCCUAUCCUGCAACUGCUCUCUUCUCUUAAGUCCUCUCACUUGUUUGCUCUUAUCUUUACAGCAAAAAUGGCCACAGCUGGUAAAGUCAUCAAGUGUUAGGCAGCAGUGGCCUGGGAGCCAAACAAGCCUCUGAUGAUGGAAAAGGUUGAGGUAGCCCCACCCUAGGCCAACGAGAUCCGGAUCAAGGUUUUUACAUCAAAAACAAAUUCUCCUUCAGGUCUAAAGCUCAUUAUGAUGUGAUGGCAGCCCCAGAGUCCUGCUUUUCCAGUAAGGGGAAGAAGGUGCUGCAGUUUGGGGGAACCGGUACCUUCUCUGAGUACACUGUGGUUAACCAGAUGGUUGUGGCUAAGAUCAACACUGCUGCCCCUCUGGACAAAGUCUGUAUCAUUGGUUGUGGGUUCUGCACAGGAUAUGGAGCAGCAAUUAACAAUGCCAAGGUGAAACCGGGCUCCACAUGUGCUUUGUUUGGCCUGGGAGCUGUGGGUUUGGCUGCAGUCAUGGGCUGCAAAGCUGCAGGAGCCAAAAGGAUUAUCGCUGUUGACAUCAAUCCAGAGAAGGCUGAGAAGGCCAAGGUGUUCGGCGCAACAGACUUCGUGAAACCCAUCAGUGAAGUGCUGUCUGAGAUGAUUGACAGAGGAGUGGACUACUCCCUGGAAUGGGUCGGGAAUGUAGAUCAUGGCAUCCUCAAGUGGCUGUCCAAGGAAUGGCACUUUUUGGCACUUGUGUAUUGGCUUGGUUUUUCAGACCUAGAGGUUGAUGCUUUAUCGAGAGAUUUGGACCAGCACCUUUCUGGUUUUCUGGUUCCAAGCCCCCUGACUUUGUGCUUUUUCUCUCAGAAGCGCAGUGCCUUGGAGUCUUGUGUGAAAGGUUGGGGUGUCAGCGUGACUGUUGGCUGGACAAACUUGCAAGACUUUUCUGCCCGACCCCUUCAGCUCAUCUCUGGACGCACAUGGAAGGGCUCCCUGUUUGGAGGCUUCAAGGGUCGGGAUGCUGUGCCUCAGAUGGUUAAAACCUGCCUGGACAAGAAGUUGAAGGUGGAUAAAUUCAUCACUCACUACAUGACUUUGGACCAGGUCAACGAUGCCACUGAACUCAUGAAGCAAGGUAAAUGCAUUCAGACAGUCCUGAAUGUUUCGCCACAAUAAGCCCACUGUGUUGGUUUCAGUCAUCCUGAAGUAAAUCAGUGUCAGUGGUCUGUAGAUGCUUGUUUGUGUCCUAGUUUUAUUGUGUUGUUUGUCACAAGCAUAGCAUUUACAUGUCGACAGCAUUGUCUAUCAUGUCUCCAAAUGCUCUAUUAAACUAUGUUUUAAGUGUC